AUGAUUCGUCGAGUUGUUUAUGAUGUCGAAUUUGGUGUAUUAGUUAAAGAAAAAUUAAGUCCAUGUGAUAGUGUACUUGUUACCGGUUCAUGUGAACAAUUAGGCGAAUGGUUACCUAAUCGUUGUAUACCCUUAAAUCGUAUUGAUCGAACCGAAGAUGGUGAAAUGUGGUCAACCAAUAUUAAAAUUCAUGGGAGAGAUAAAGUUUUUUAUCGAUAUGUUAUUGCUCAAAUUGUUCGAAGUGAUGAUGAUAUGAAUUUAAUUGUUAAAAAAUGGGAAACAUUUAAAGAAGCCCGACAAUUAUCAUUUAAUCCAGUUGAAACAAAUGAUAUUACUGAUAAUGAAGAACCGAAUGAAUUUCCAGCUAUAUUUGGCUGUUAUAAAGGUAUACAACGAACUGAUAUUGGUUGGUUAACAGGUCAAUCAGAAAUUCAAUUACGUUUUCAUUCCAAUUCUCUUCAUAUUUGGUCAACAAAAUUACGUGAUAAAACAUUAUCAUUAAAAGUUUCACCCAUAGAUUUAACAUAUCAAUUAGAAAAUGAAGAAAUAUUAUCCGAUGCAUCAAAUCAACAGUAUACACCAACAUCAAAAGUAUUUAUUCAAUCAGCAAUAUUACGUUUAUCAGGUUGUGAAACAAAUAUUCAAAGUGAUUAUGGUGCAAUUAUCGAAAAAGAUGAUUAUGUUAUUGUUAAAAUACAAACAUUUGAACCGGAAAAUGUUGCGUAUCAUAUUGAUUUUUAUCUUGUUGAUGAAUUAACAUCAUUAAGAAAACAUAUAGGUUUUGCUUAUGUAUUACCCAUACAUUCCAAUCUUGAAUUAACCGAUAAUAAACAUCUCAAUCGAAUAGUACCAAUUAUUGGAUUAAAACAUAAUCCAAUUGGACAAAUUAAAAUUGAUGUCUUAUUAAUAACACCAUUAGAAGGUAUUACACAAAAGUUUUUAGUUACACAAUCAAAAUAUUGGCGUGAAGGCCGAAGACCAGUCAAUGUCGGACAUAGAGGUCUAGGUAAAACAAAUGCUGAACAUAAUUCGUCUAAACAUCAAUCAACUGAUCCACUUCGUCAUCGUGCAAGUGAUCCAUCAAUAAAUGUACCUAAUAAUUCAUCUUCUGCUUCAUCUAUUCCAUCAACAACACGACCUGUUCAAACAAAAUUCGUUAGUGAAAAUACUUUAGCAUCAUUUAAAGGUGCAUUUCAACUUGGUUUUGAUUUUGUUGAAUUUGAUGUCCAAUUAUCGAAAGAUAAAGUUCCUGUUGUUUAUCAUGAUUUUCAAGUUGCUAUAACACUUAAACGUAAAGUUCCACAAGCUGAAUUAUUUGUUGUACCAGUUAAAGAUUUAACCUUACCACAAUUACAAUCAUUAAAAAUCCAUCAUGCUAGUGAAACGGAUGUUAGUAAAGUUGAAGAAGAAGCUGAUGAAGAUGAUCAAACAGGUCAAGAAAAUUUUCGUUCAUUAUUUCCAACAUUACAAGAAUUAUUUGAACAACUUGAUCCACAUCUUGGUUUUAAUGUUGAAAUAAAAUACGCAAUGGAAUAUCGACAAGGUGGAAGUGAACAAAAUUAUUAUUUUGAAAGAAAUGAAUAUAUUGAUCAUAUUCUUCGUUGUCUUAUUACACAUGCGGGUAAACGCGUUAUUGUUCUAUCCACAUUUGAUCCUGAUUGUGCAUCAAUACUUCGUCGUAAACAAACAUUAUUUCCUGUUUUGUUUUUAACACAAGGUGAUAAAGGUGAUUGGCCACAAUUUUUAGAUGUACGAACAUGGUCAAUUAAUAUUGGUUUAUGUUUUAUUGUCGCGGAACAUUUAUCAGGUUUAGCUGCGCCAGCAUUAGAUAUUCUUGCAGAUAAAGAUUUUGUUAAACAUGUAAAAGAAAAUGGAAAAUUAUUAUUUAUUUGGGGUGAUGAAGCGAGUGAUAAAGAUGUAUCAAAAAGUUUGAUUGAUUUAAAAGUUGAUGGGUUAAUUUUUGAUCACGUAGCAGAAUUUAAAGAAGAACAUUCAACAACAGAAAAUCUUUUUGUUGCUGAAGAACGUGAAGAAGUCGAAGUUUUGAAUAAUUUUCGUCAACGACAACUUGAAUUAAAACAUCGUCAAUUAUUACAAGAACUUGAAACAUUAAAAUCAGCACGUGAAACAAAUAAUUCAUCAAUUCGUAUAAUUAAUACUAUACUUGGAUUUUUUACUCGACCCUAUGCUUCUAUACAAAAAUACUCUAUACAAACAUUUCAAUCAUAUCUACCAACACAAUUCGAUGAAAAAACAUGGUAUAUUCUAUUUGGGUUUUUAACAUGUUGUGUAUUUGUUAUUGCUUAUGUAUUAAGUCGAUGUGUAACAUUAAAUGAUGCAGAUGAUGAUCCUGUUUAUCAACGAGCAAGAUUAUAUUCAGCACAACGAAAAUAUAAAAAAUUUGAUUGA